UCAAACACCAGAAAGAAGAGGAUGUCCAGACGCAGUAGCCGUUUACAAGCUAAGCAGCAGCCCCAACCCAGCCAGCCAGAUUCCCCUCAAGAAGCCCAGGUAGUCCAGGCCAAGAAGAGGAAAACCACCCAGGAUGUCAAAAAAAGAAAAGAAGAGGUCACCAGGAAACAUCAAUAUGAGAUCAGGAACUGUUGGCCACCUGUAUUAUCUGGGGGGAUCAGUCCUUGCAUUAUCAUUGAAACACCCCACAAAGAAAUAGGAACAAGUGACUUUUCCAGAUUUACAAAUUACAGAUUUAAAAACCUUUUUAUAAAUCCUUCGCCUCUGCCUGAUUUAAGCUGGGGAUGUUCAAAUGAAGUUUGGCAAAAUAUGUUGAAAAAAGAGAGCAGAUAUGUUCAUGACAAGCAUUUUGAAGUUCUGCAUUCUGACUUGGAACCACAGAUGAGGUCAAUACUUCUAGAUUGGCUUUUAGAGGUAUGUGAAGUAUACACUCUUCAUAGGGAAACAUUUUAUCUUGCACAAGACUUUUUUGAUAGAUUUAUGUUGACACAAAAGGAUGUCAAUAAAAACAUGCUUCAACUCAUUGGAAUCACCUCUUUAUUCAUUGCUUCCAAACUUGAGGAAAUCUAUGCUCCUAAGCUCCACGAGUUUGCUUAUGUCACUGAUGGUGCAUGCAACGAAGAGGAUAUCUUAAGGAUGGAACUCUUUAUAUUAAAGGCUUUAAAAUGGGAACUUUGUCCAGUAACAAUCAUCUCCUGGCUGAAUCUCUUUCUCCAAGUUGAUGCUCUUAAAGAUGCUCCUAAAGUUCUUCUACCUCAGUAUUCUCAGGAAAAGUUCAUCCAAAUAGCUCAGCUUUUAGAUCUGUGUAUUCUAGCUGUGGAUUCAUUAGAGUUCCAGUACAGAAUACUGGCUGCUGCUGCCCUGUGCCAUUUUACUUCCCAUGAAGUGGUAAAGAAAGCUUCAGGUUUGGAAUGGGACGUUAUUUCUGAAUGUGUAGACUGGAUGGUACCUUUUGUCAAUGUAAUAAAGAGCAAUAGUCCAGUGAAGCUGAAGGCUUUUAAGAAGAUUCCAAUGGAAGAUAGACACAACAUUCAGACACAUUCAAAUUACCUGGUUAUGCUGGAUGAAGUAAAUUACAUAAACACCUUCAGAAAAGGGGGACAGUUGUCACCCAUGUGCAAUGGAGGCAUCAUGACACCACCAAAGAGCACUGAAAAACCACCAGGAAAACUAGAUUAGCAGAUAUGUUGGAAUUGACCAACUAUGCUGUAAAAUCUCAACCAAUCAAUUUCACCAAAACAAGCUGUGAUUAUCCUCAGCACUCACUUAAAAUAGGCACUAAGGGAGAAAUUUAUUGUGUUAGCUAUUAAACAGCAAAACUUGUUUACAAAGAUGAUUUCAUUCCCAAGGACUAGACAGAAGCUAGCUGCAAUUUGUACCACCGCCAACAUUUUUUCACAGUCCAGUGUUACUUUGUGUUAUCUUGAUAUACCAGUAACUUUUUUAUUGGACUUUUGAACUGAAGUGCUACCUUAAAAGGUAUACUAAGUGACACAGUACUUUGAAUCUGUUAAGUCUCAAUAUUCAUCCAUUCUGAUUCUUAAAAAGAAAACUUGUUUACAAAGUUUGAGUUGUAAUAAAGUAAAUAAAGCAAGCUGUUACAAAACUUUAAUUUUUAUAAAUGGUAAAAACUAAUGUUUUAUAAGUUGCCAUAAUGUAUUUAACAGUAAGAAGGGCUUAGAUGAACAGAUGUUUAAAUUGUGCUCUAAACUGUGUAGGAUUACCAAAGAAAUUGUAAACAAGAUAAGCACAAUGGUGCCUAUUUGGGGUUUGUUUUGGCCAGGUAAGUUGCUUUGUAAUCUUUUUCUAUACCACAAUUUGGGUGAAAAUGUACCUUUUAAAACUAUAUGAAAAAGUCACUUUAUUACUCUGUCCCUAGGAGUUUUCUUCAGUGUGACUUAGCCGUUAUUUAUCUUCCCCAAAUUGUUAAGGCCUUUGUAGAAGUCUACAUUAUCAGGUGUCAAAGUGAUUAAAACACUUGACCUAAGCUCCAUUCUUAAGCCAGUAGAGCAUUCUUGUAUGCUGACUCCUAGGGAAAUCUAUUUAUUACCAAAAACAAACCUUGACACAACAUGUGUGUAUGUAGCCACCUUUAUGGAAAUCAAUUAGGUUUAUUAAUUUCAGCCUCAGAAAUGGAAUUCGAAAAAGAUUUUACUGGAUAACUAGUUUUCUGUUACCAGAUGUGAAAUAAUUUAAGCUAUUUUUAUGGUAUGAAGUCUGUAUAUAGAUUUUGGGGGGUUUGUUUGUGUUAACUAAUAUUUCAGUAUUUUGUCUUAAAAGAAACCACCACUAAAUGUACAUAUGUAUUAAUAAACUUAAUCUUUUAAUACUGUUUAUUUUUAGG